AUGAUAUCUGGGCGCUUAUCAUCGGCGAGGUCAAGGAGCAAUAUGACCAGCCCAAACGUGUUCUUUCCUGGCAUGCGUCUCGUGCAAACGACCUUCUACGACUUCACACUCUCCGUGUCUGAGGGUGGCAAUGUCGCCUUGAAAGAUUGGUCGCAUGGGCAGGAUCUCUGGUCUACUCGGACAUCCUGUGAUGCAGCACCGAAGGAGAUUCAGCUCAAGAUGCAGGAGGAUGGCAAUCUUGUCCUCUAUUGCGAUGGGGCUGUUGCCUUCGCCACCGGCACAGCUGCUGGGUUUUUGUUAAGGACGUUAAUGUAA